CAACAGCAAGCAAACCCUCCACCCUUUGUAAAAAAAAAAAAGGUCUCCUUAACGAUGUCGCGAUUCUUCCGUUCGGUGUCUGAUUCAGAAAGCGAUUCAGAAUCUUCUGAUAACGAGUCUUUCAUUUCAGAUGAGGAAUUGUCCUCAGAGGCUGAAGAGUCGGAUGAAGAAGAACAAGCCCAAGAAGAGCAGCCCAAAAAAUCUCGAUUUUUGAAAGGUGCUGAAAGCGACUCGGACGAAGAAUCCGAUGAAGAAUUCGGUCGUAAGCGUCAGGUGAAAUCGGCUCUCGACAAGCGUCUUGAUGAAAUGAACAGCUCUCUCAAGGCGAUCGAAAACGGUCAAAAGAACAACGAUUGGAAUCUUAUCUCGUCUGAAUUCGACAAGUUGACCGCCAGCGUAAACAAGGCGACGUCCGGUUUCGAUGCGAUCCCUACUCCUAAAUUCUAUAUCAAGACUAUUGUCGAAAUUGAGAAUAUGUUGCAGGAAGCCCCCAAGGAAAAGGCUGGCGGCAAAAAGAAGGGCGCUGCGUCAAAGGGAUUGACCAACGUGAAGCAAAAGAUGCGAAAGAUCACUAAGCAGUACGAGCAACAGAUUGCCGAAUACAAGAAGGAUCCUGAGGCAUUCAUGGCUGAGAAGGAAGAGAAGCCCGAGAGCCCUACACCAAAGGAUUCGAAGCCCAAGGCUGCUACUGCUACUGCUACUGUCGAUGAGUCUGAAUUGGAUGGUUUCACUUCUGUUGGAAAGGGUGGAAAGACGAUUGUUCCUAUAACGGCCGAUAACAUCUUUGUCAAGUUGCGUGAAGUCAUGGAGAGCCGUGGCAAGAAGAAUACUGACCGUGAUGAGCAAAUUACCACCCUCGAGCGUCUUCUCGAAGCAGCCGAAUCAUCAUUCCAAAAGAUUCUCGUUCUCUUGGCUCUUAUCCCAUCGCGUUUCGACGUUAACCUCAGCAUGGCCGAGCAUAUGCAGGUCGAUGUCUGGAAGAAGGUUGAGACCGAAGUGAAUCUUUUGCUCAGCAUUCUGGAAAAGGAGACCUCGUUUGUUGUCCGUGAGGAUGCUGACGAACUUGAUCAUGAUGACAAAGACAUCGUUCCUGAGAAGGGCCAAACUAUCUACAUUCGCGGCUCCAUUAUCAGUUUAGUCGAGCGUUUGGAUGACGAAUUCACAAAGUCGCUGCAGAGCAUCGAUCCUCACACCACGGAUUACAUCGACCGCUUGCGUGAUGAGCCAGCCUUGUAUGCCGUCUUGGUGAGAGCACAAGCAUACAUUGAGACAAACAACAUGCUCGGAAACUUGCCUAGAAUCAUCAUCCGCCGAUUAGAGCAUUUGUACUAUAAGCCCAACCAAGUCAUCCAGUCGACAGAAAAGAUCUCCAAGUCACUUUUGCCCGAUUACAUCAAAUCGAACGUUAUUACUGUCGAAGAGCCUUCACAGUUGGUUCACCAGCUGUGCACAUACCUCUACAAGCAGAACAUGUCAGUCCUCCGCACCCGUGCAAUGUUAUGUCACAUCUACCACUAUGCUCUUCACAAGCAUUUCCACACCGCCCGCGACAUGUUGCUCAUGUCCCAUUUGCAAGAGUCUAUCCACCAAGCCGACAUUUCUACACAAAUUUUGUAUAACCGCACAGUGGUCCAGAUUGGUCUGUGCGCAUUCCGCGACGGUUUGAUUAAGGAGGCACAUGCCUGCUUGCAGGAGAUCCAGGGCUCCGGUCGAGUAAAGGAGUUGCUCGCACAGGGCGUCCAGGCACAGCGAUACGGUCAGCAGACCACGCCAGAACUCGAGCAGCUUGAGCGUCAACGUCAGCUUCCAUUCCAUAUGCACAUUAACCUUGAGCUCCUCGAAUGCGUAUUCCUGACUUGCUCCAUGCUCCUCGAAAUUCCCGCACAAGCACAAGCUGGUCCCAACAACAAGCGAACGAUCUCCCGUCCCUUCCGCCGACUCCUCGACUACAACGAGCGCCAGGCAUUCGCUGGUCCUCCCGAGAACACCAGAGAUCACAUCAUGAGCGCGGCCAAGGCACUUGCAUCCGGCGAGUGGGAACGUGCCCGCGAUUACAUUUUGGCUAUCAAAAUUUGGAACCUGAUGCCCGAGACCCAGGAGAUUAAGGAUAUGCUUGUCCACAAGAUCCAGGAAGAAGGCCUCCGCACAUAUCUGUUUACCUACGCAUCCUACUACUCAACCCUUGGCCUCGCACAACUCGCAAAUAUGUUCGAUCUACCAGUAGCACGAGUGUCGGCUAUCGUCGCAAAGCUCAUCUGGAACGAAGAAUUAUCGGCUUCGCUGGAUCAGGUUUCGCAGGCUGUCGUGUUGCACCGAGUAGAGCCCUCGCGACUCCAAGUUUUGUCACUCCAGUUCGCUGAAAAGGCUGCAAACUUAGUAGAUCAGAAUGAACGUCUCUUGACCACUGGCCGCGAUCGGCAAUAGUUCAUUAUCGCUCUUCUCUCUUUCUCUCAACCAACCACUCUGCCUUGUUGUGUAUAACGUUUUUGCAGUAAAAUAAAAAGUUU